AGUGGCCGCAUCGUUCGAUGUGGGGCCCAUGCAGAGGCAAGGGUUUUGAUUUGAGAGUGGGGCUCCGCCGUUCUCAGUUCCUAGCUCAGCAGCUUCUUUCCCUCCCGCUUAAGCCCUAGAUAAACCCUUCACCCUGUCGGUUUCUUCUUUGCAUCUGGUGAUGGAAUUGGCGGCCGUGGCAGCGACCCUCCGGAGGAGGGCCAACCCUCGUAUCCUAAUGGCGUCACUACUUUCCUUCCACUGUCGGCAGCGCUGUCGUCGCCUCGGCGUACGUUUCCUCUGCAGCGACGGCCACGCGUUCGUCUCCCAACCGCCUCGUCCUCCUCCUUCCGAGCGGGCGGCAGAAUCUUUCCACACUCGGAAGGUUCUCGGGACCUUUAGGGAAGAUUUCGAGGUCGGGUCCCGCAUCAUCUCCAUCGAAACAGGCAAGAUUGCCAGGUUCGCUAACGGAUCCGUUGUGAUCAAUAUGGGCGAUACCAAUGUCCUUUCGACCGUCGCCUCCGCUAGAGGUGAUGGGGCUCGUGACUUUUUGCCCCUCACGGUUGAUUAUCAAGAAAAACAGUAUGCUCAAGGUGUUAUUCCUACGACAUUUAUGCGGAGGGAGGGAGCCCCUAAGGAACGGGAACUCCUAUGUGGCCGUCUUAUUGACCGUCCUAUCCGUCCAUUAUUUCCUUCUGGCUUUUACCAUGAAGUGCAGGUCAUGGUAAGUGUUCUUUCUUCGGAUGGAAAGCAAGAUCCAGACGUGAUGGCAGCAAAUGCCACAUCCGCUGCUCUGAUGCUAUCAGAUAUCCCUUGGAAUGGACCAAUUGGGGUAAUACGUGUCGGGAGGAUCGAUGGAAAAUUUAUCUUUAAUCCAACUAUGGAUGAGCUGAGCCUCAGUGAUCUCAAUUUGGUGUAUGCAUGUACAAUGGAUAGGACUCUGAUGAUAGAUGUACAGGCACGUGAGAUAUCAGAAAAGGACCUUGAAGCUGGAUUAAAACUGGCACAUCUCGAGGCUGUCAAAUACAUUGAGCCUCAAAUUAGACUGGCUGAAAAAGCUGGCAAGCAGAAGAAAGAAUAUAAACUCUCAAUGAUUUCAGAUGUUACACUAGAGAAGAUAAGGAACUUAGCAGAAGCACCUAUUCAGGUUGUCUUUACAGAUUCAGCAUAUGGAAAGUUUGAACGCGGAGAAGCAUUGGACAAGAUUACACAAACUGUUAAAGCAAAACUCGAAGAAGAGUGUGAUGAGGAGAGCUUAAAAGUUCUGCCAAAAACUAUUGAUACAGUUAGAAAACAGAUUAUCCGGCGAAGGAUUAUUGAUGAAGGCCUUCGAGUUGAUGGUAGAAAACUUGAUGAAGUUAGACCUCUGUAUUGUGAAUCUGGAACAUAUCCCAUUCUCCAUGGAUCUUCACUUUUCUCUCGUGGUGACACUCAGGUUUUGUGCACAGUUACCCUUGGGGCACCUGGAGAUGCUCAAAGAUUGGACUCAAUAGUUGGGCCACCAACAAAGCGUUUCAUGCUUCACUAUAGCUUUCCUCCAUUCUCAAUUAAUGAAGUUGGCAAACGUGGAGGCUUAAAUAGGCGUGAAGUUGGACAUGGAACACUUGCUGAAAAGGCUUUGCUUGCUGUAUUACCUCCUGAGGCUGAUUUUCCAUAUACUGUUCGUGUCAAUUCCGAAGUCAUGGCAUCUGAUGGUUCAACGUCAAUGGCAACAGUAUGUGGAGGAAGUAUGGCUUUAAUGGAUGCUGGUAUUCCUGUAAGAGUACAUGUCGCUGGUGUUUCAGUUGGUCUUGUCAGUGAUGUGGAUCCAUCCACUGGAAGAAUUAUCAAUUAUCGUAUACUGACAGAUAUACUGGGUCUUGAAGAUCACCUUGGGGACAUGGACUUUAAAAUUGCGGGAACAAGGAAAGGGAUUACUGCAAUCCAAUUAGAUAUAAAACCUGCUGGAAUACCCCUAGACAUAAUUUGUGAGUGUUUAGAACCGGCACAAAAAGGUCGUAAUCAAAUUCUUGAUCGCAUGGAAGAAGAAAUAAGUGCACCUCGUACACUGGGUGAUGGAAGUACACCUCGAUUAGCCACUUUGAAGUUUGCUGCUGAUUCUCUUCGACGAUCUCUUGGGUUUUUGAUCACUCAAAGAAAGAGGAUUGAACAGGAAACAGGUGCACGAGUUUCGGUAAAUGAUGGGGCAGUAACUAUCGUGGCAAAAAAUCAAUCUAUUAUGCAAAAAGCUCAAGAAAAGAUCAGUUUUCUUAUUGGAGGUGAAAUUGAAGUUGGUGGCAUAUACAAAGGUGUUGUUUCUUCAAUUAAGGAGUAUGGUGCUUUUGUUGAAUUCAAUGGCGGCCAACAGGGUCUUCUGCACAUUUCUGAGUUGUCACAUGAAACUGUAUCAAGAGUUUCUGAUAUCUUAUCCAUUGGUCAAGAGUUAUCUUUAAUGUGCAUCGGGCAGGAUGUCAGGGGUAAUAUUAAAUUGUCCUUGAAGGCUACAAUUCCUAAGCAAGAUUCCCUAAAUGACAAUUUGGAUGGUCAAGCUUCUGUUGUUUCUGCAAACCAAGCAGUCAAUGUAUGGGCCUCGCCCUCACUGGAGAACACGACCCGCAUGGAAAAUCUUAGGUCAUUGAAUGAUGUACAAGAUGAAAGUAAUGAAUUGCAGUCUGCCACAUGCUCGUCUCCAGCAGUAGUAAUUCGGAGUGCUGCAGAGUGUGAUGCUCAGGAUCUUGCUGCUGGUAAACAUAUCACAACAAAGCGUAGAAAGCUUAGCAAAUCUUCUCCUAGGCCUUAUAAUGCAUCUUUACCAUGUCAAGAUGUUGGAGAGUCGCCAAAAAACAGAGAUGAUGUGAGUUUGAAGAAGAGGAGAAAAACGAAGAAAGAGAAAGAAAUGGAUGCUUUUUCUGGUACAAAGCAGAAAAGUGACAGCACACUCAAAACUGUGUCGCUUGCAUAUGAUGUUGAUGAGAAGCCAAAACCCACUAUCCGUGCAGAUUCACUGAAGCUUGGUGAUACAGUGACGGCAAAGGUAUAUCAGAUUCGUGCCCAUGGGCUGGUACUUGAACUGAAUGGUGGAAUUCGGGGAAUGUUCAAGUUUGAGGUAAAUGGCAGAAGGGACUUCGAGGUAGGCAAGGAGCUCCUUGUGAGGUGCUCAAGCUUUUCUAGCAAGGGAAUUCCUGUUUUCUCAUUGUUGAAAGAUGAGUAAAAAUUGUGAUCGAAGCCUCAAUCAUAUGGAGGACUCGGUAAGUCUGGCGGAGCUGUAUGAGACACCGGCUGAAGAUCCACCAUCAUAAGAGAGCAGCUCAGAAAUUUCAUUGGAGGGACACAUCAAACCUGAAGACUUUUACGUGUUUUAACGUUUGUUGCAGAUCAUUAUAUUAGUUAGUGUCAGAUUAUUAUUAUUUUUUAGGUUGAAACUACUGCUUGGAAGAAGCUAAUGGUUGGGGACUUUGAGAUUGGCUUUAGCCACAUUUUUGUAUGGAUUGCUGAUGCGGUGUAUGCAGAGUUGAAUAGUACGCUUUUUCGCCC